AGCAAUCGGAAGGACGCGGCGUCAGGACCAAUCCAGGCCCCCGCGGAGUUGGGGAGUCGCCCCUCACCCCGAAAGCCUCAUUCCCGGUUGGGAGUACGCACUUUGCGCGUCCGUGCGCCUCCGCGACUAGUCGAGCCGCAGCGCUCGCGGCCGGCGAAGGUGGCUCAGCUCGGGCGCUCCAGUCCCGACGUUCCCGGGGCAGAGAGCAACGUCCGGGGACGCACGGGACGGGUGCGCCCGGCGGCCGGGGCUGCGCCGGGCGAGGCAAGCGGCGAGAGGGGAGCGCUCCGGGAUUCAGGCAACAGCUACCCCUAGUGGGAGAGCCGCCGGGGCCGCCGCCGCCCCGCGCCCUUGCCCCGCGCCCCGCGCCCGCCGAGCCCCGCGCCCGAAGCGCGCCGGGUCGGCUGGGCGCAGGGACGGCGCUUCUUUCUCCAUCCCUCCCGUCUGCGGCGCCCGGCGCUCACCGGCCACGGGCCCUGCCCUCCGCACCUCCCGCUGGGCCCCAGGCCGCUGACCCGAGAGCUAAGGCGCGGGGCAGGGACGCGAUGGGACGGGGCGGGCGCGGCCGGGGCGGCGCGCGGCAGCCUCGGGCAACGGCGGGGAGCGCCGAGCGCGGUGUGCGUGGCGGGGCCGUGCGGGGGGUGGCCGUGUGCGAGGCGCGAAUGUGAGCGCGCGCGGGAGACGAGCGGGCGAGCGGGCUCCGGGAGGCGAGCGGAGCCCGCGGGCGAACAGGGAAGGCGGCAGGGACCCAAAGUUGCCUCCUCGCGGGCCCGCGUCCCCGGAGGGGCGGGAGCCGGGGCCAGCCGAGCGGCGGCGGGGGACCCGGGCCCCGGCGGCACCUGGGCAGCGGACCCGCACGAGCGGCAGCGGCGGGGGCGGCGUUGGCGGCGGCGGCGGCGCGCGGGAAGCGAACCGAAGCUCCGGCGCGGCUCGGCGAGCGCUGGAGAGCUCCGCUCAGGUGCGCGGCGAGAGGGGCGCGGGCCAGGGCCGGGCUGCUGGGGCCGGAGCCGCGCCCGCGCUCGCACUAACUGGAGGAUCUCCGCUGCAGGCGCCCGGGUCCCAGGUUCAGCUCGCCGUCCCGGGAGGCAGCCCCGGCCGGGGUCCCCCGCCCCUGGGAGCUGGCUAGGCAGCCGGGCCCCAGGCACGACCGCCCCGGCCGCCCCGCCCUCCUGCCGCCGGCGCCCGCCCCAGGCCCAGGAUUUCUGAUUUCUAAGGCUUUGGCCCCGCGGCUGGGGCAUCCCUCCGGGCUCAAGUUGCAAGGGGGCGGGCCCGGCCGGAGGUGGAGUCUCCCGCCAAGUGAAGCCUCGGCUAUAAAUCGAGCUCCCUGCACAGCUCCAGCCAGAUGCCGGGCCAGGCCGCCCCGCCGUUGUUGGGGGGAGAGGGUGGAGGGUCUCAGGGGGCUUGGGGGGCCGUGGCUACCAUGCUCCGCUCCCUCUUGCUUCACGCCCUGAGGCUCUGCGCCCAGACCGCCUCGUGCCUCACGCUCUUCCCGCGCUUCCUCUGCACGGCCUUCAUGCUCUGGCUCCUCGACUUCCUGUGCAUCCGCAAGCAUUUUCUGGGCCGGAGGCGCCGGGGUCGGCCCCAACCUGAAGUGGAGCUCAACAGUGACGAGGAGGAGGUGCCCCCCGACGACCCGCCCAUCUGCGUGUCCGACGACAACCGCCUGUGCACCAUGGCGUCGCUGAAGGCGGUGUGGCACGGCCAAAAGCUGGAUCUCUUCAAGCAGGCGCAUGAGGGCUGCCCCGCGCCCAACUCCCAGGUGGUCCUGCCCGAAGGCUUCCAGUACCAGCACAUCCUUGACUACGCGCGAGGGGACCGGCCGCUGGUGCUCAAUUUCGGAAGCUGCACCUGACCACCGUUCAUGGCGCGAAUGAGCGCCUUCCGGCGCCUGGUCACCAAGUACCAGCGCCACGUGGACUUUCUCAUCAUCUACAUCGAGGAGGCUCACCCCUCGGACGGCUGGGUCACCACUGACACCCCCUACAUCAUCCCACAGCACCGGAGCCUGGACGACCGGGUCAGCGCUGCGCGGGUUCUGCAGCAGGGGGUGCCCGGCUGCGCUCUGGUCCUCGACACCAUGACCAACUCCAGCAGCUCAGCCUACGGCGCCUACUUCGAGCGCCUCUACGUCGUCCAGAGUGGCAUCAUCAUGUACCAGGGCGGCCGCGGCCCUGACGGCUACCAGGUCUCGGAGCUGCGCACCUGGUUGGAGCGCUAUGAUGAGCAGCUGCACAGCACUCUGCCCCGGCCAGUGUAGGCCGCCGAGGGGCCCUGGACUGAACUCGGAGGGCCCCGCCUUCGAACCUUCGAAGCCCACGUGCACACAAGGUCCCAACCCAAGUCCGGUUUGGGGAGGGCCCAGUGACCAGCUGUGCUGAGCCACAGGUCGCAGGCUGGGUCUGCACCCUCCACCAGGCCACCUGAAGACUCCCCACCCCCCUCCUCUGCUUCUGUGACUGUCCCUGCCUGGCUCGGUCUCAGGCCCCUUCUGAGUGUGGAUGUGGUGCUACCCUUUGCUGCUGCCCCUGGACUUGUCCCACAGAGACCCCUGCUGUGUUCUCGAACCCCCUCCCCAGAGAAGAGGGCCAAGCCUUUGCCAGGGUCCCCGGCCUCUGCAAAGAGACUCCGGCUGCAUCCUGUCACCUGCAGGCAGCUGGGCUUAGCAGUGUGCUGAGCCCACCCUGGUUGCCCGGCACCACACCUGCCGCUUGGGGAGGGGUGCCCGCUGUUUUGUGUCUGUUUCGUGUCAGUGAGGUGGGGGAGGGGGGUGGGCAGGGUUGUUUCCCCCCCUUAGUUGGGGUGCUCUGGAGCCCUGCUGCUGAUGAUGAGCUGCCUCUAACUGGUCUUGACCACGAGCUGCUUCUGAAUUGCAGGGGGGCUCCUAGGGGCGCCUAAACCCAGCGGGGGGAAGAGCCCUGGGCUUCCGAGAGGAA